AUGCCUGUCAACCCAGCAAAAGCGGGUAAGGUUUUUCGCUCCCCCUUCCCUGGCUUUUCAUGUGACACCUUGCAGUCAAUGACAGCUCCGUCUCACGUAGGAGCGCGCCAAAUCCGAGUAGCAAAACUGCCGAAGUCGGCCACGAACCGGCCCACGUUCUGUCCUCGGCUGGGCACUGGCACGAGGAAGCCGACGUUGGUGAGAACGAUAGAACCAACCUGGAGUGCGUCGCUCAAGGGAAACCCUACUGCGCUUGCCGUAUUUACGUUGAACAGAGACAACCAAAAGAAGCUGAAGGCUUUCUUUGACCAAGUCAGCAAGACCAAUCCAUGGCCAGGUCGCUUUGUUAAGGCUGUGCGUUCGAGGCAAGAGGCAGUGCUCAAGAAAGUGGAGGAGAUUCGGGAAAAGAGCGUCUCGGACAAGAAAGAAUUCGAUGCAGAGAUUGCGCCGCUCCUCAGCGCUGCUCUCGGAGGUCUUACAGACGAACCAUCGGAUCCUGCUUCCGUCUCCAUCCCCAUGCAAGUUCGGUAUCUCGGGGCUGAAACUCAGCCAUACUGCGAGGCAAUGUGUGGUCUUCUGGAACAGUCGGGAGCCCUGGCCCUUGCUUACGACGAGCUCGAAGGCCGUCCCACGCACAAGUCACGGCUCGAUAUGACAGAAGCAUCAUUCAAAAACGACAGGGAAGCUACAGAAUCUAUUGUUGCAGCCGGCAAAAAGGUGGCGGCAUUUCAGAUUGAGAGGCUCCUAACAGAUAGGUAUAACGAGGUGAGGACGCCGCAUGAUCUCACUGCCGAGGAAGAACAUCAGGGCAAGGUCCUCUUAUCACAUGGCACGCACGAGAAUCCGCAGUCGAAGCCGACCCCCGGAUGGGGAAAUGUCGCGGUAGAUAUGGAGAGAGCGGUGGGGAGACUUUGCUUUGCUGGUGAGGUGGAAGAUGGAGCACGUUGA